AUGUGGCUAACUUGCUAUAUGAAGCCGCUGUUUGUCGGUAUCUCAGCUGUGAAAAAUGGCGACGGCACUGUGGUGCUGUCCAUUGCAACACAUGAUCAUACGUAUCUACUCGAUUACAUGGUCGAGCAUUUAAAACUCGAUCCUUCGCAAAAAGACAAAGAUAUCAUCGCAGAUUAUGUGGUCUCUCAGAUACAGAAAUAUGAGCACGAAAACUUUGUUAAAUUCGUCGGUGCUGGGCUUCCUUUAAAUUUAAAGGAUAUAAGUCCUACCCUGAACUCACGACUCUGGUUGGAAAUCGAUGUUGUUCCUAUUGAUUUCGAUGUCGACCAGUCAGAGACGUCCUUCUGGGACGAUAAAAAUGUUGAUGAGCAGGCUGAUUCGAUGGCACGCAAGUGUGUAAUGGUUUUUGGCCCUUCUCUAGUUCCCAUACUACAAGUCGGCUUCCGUGGUGCUGUUAUGAGCGACGCAGGAUUUAGAGCUCACUUGACUACCCUCGACGACUACAAGCCAACGUGCAGCAAUGAGACAUGGAAUUCAACGAUGUACUUUGCCAAGCAACUGAAGGAUAAGAAAGUCAAAAUCGCCUUCUUCAGUGCAACCCCUCAGGGGGGUGGAGUCGCACUCAUGCGGCAUGCAUUGGUGCGAUUCGCUCGUUUGGCAGGCGUUGAUUUGACCUGGUACGUUCCGAAACCACGCCCGGGUGUGUUCCGGAUCACCAAGAAUAUGCACAACAUUCUUCAAGGCGUCAGUAAGCCAGAGGAACGCAUCUCUCCGGACGAUCAACAGUCGAUUACAGACUGGAUUACCGAAAAUGCCAACCGUUAUUGGCUCUCUAAAGGAGGUCCUCUACGCCCUGUUGAUGAAGGCGGUGCCGACAUAAUUGUGAUUGAUGAUCCUCAAAUGCCUGGCCUUAUACCACUAAUAAAAAACAUCACGCCAAAUCGCCCCAUCAUCUACCGCUCUCAUAUCCAAAUCCGUAGCGAUCUUGUUGCUCAAAGUGGGUCGCCGCAAGAUCAAGCAUGGAAUUUCCUCUGGAACAAUAUCCGCCACGCCGAUAUGUUCGUGAGCCAUCCUAUCCCUAAAUUUGUCCCGAACAAUGUCCCUCGCAACUUAGUCACGUACAUGCCAGCGACCACAGAUUGGCUUGAUGGCUUGAACAAGCCCAUAAAUGACUGGGAUAGUGGUUACUAUGGGAGCAAUUACAACGAACAGUGCCAUGCCCAACGCAUGACCCCAUUACGGCAUCCAGACUGCAAAUACAUCAUACAAGUUGCUCGCUUCGACCCAGCAAAGGGUAUACCAACAGUCAUAGAUUCGUAUGGCGAAUUUCGCCGGCGCGCCAAAGAGUUAGGGUUACAAGAUAUCCCUCAGCUUGUAGUCACCGGUAACAGCUCCAUUGAUGACCCAGAUGGAAAUUUGAUAUAUGAUAUCGUCAUGGAACAGAUCGAGACGCAUUAUUCAGAAUUUUCUAAUGACAUUAGUGUCAUGCGUCUACAGGCCAAUGACCAGCUUCUCAAUACCCUAAUCGCGAAAGCACAUGUGGUUCUUCAGCUAUCCACGCGAGAGGGUUUCGAGGUUAAAGUAUCCGAAGCAUUACAUGCUGGACGGCCAGUGAUCGCUACUCUGGCCGGCGGUAUACCAAUUCAAGUCAAGGAUAAGGUGAACGGCUUUUUAGUCGAGCCCGGCGAUUAUAAAGCUGUUGCACAGCAUCUCAUAGAUCUAUUUACGGAUCAAGACUUGUGGGACCGGAUGAGUCAGGAAGCGAGAAAUGGUGUCAGCGACGAAGUUGGUACAGUUGGUAACGCCCUUUGCUGGUUUCAGCUAGCGAAUAGAUUCUACGAUGUUGGAGUCAAGCCGAAUGGCGCCAAGACUUUCGAAGGAAACUGUCGAUGGGUGAACGACCUAGCGCGGGAGGAAGCCGGCCACCCAUAUGAAAAGGGAGAGAACCGCCUUCCACGACAUUUUACCAACCAAACUGAAUUACCUAGGUUUCACGAGGGCAAUUUGAAGGAGUAG